CUCGUCCUACCUUCUGGCAGUAACUCUUUGAUGAUGCCAGGGCCACAGGCUCCCCUUCUCAGUCCAGAUGCUUUAUUACAUGUUUCCCUCCCCUGCCUGAAGAGGGAGGGGGGUUACAUUUUGGAGUUGUAUCUAAUAUUUACAACCUGGUACUUGGUGUGAAAAGGGAUGAAGGAAGAAAUGGAACUCCAAGUAAAAGGAAGACAAUGGGAUAAUAAUGUAGUGGAAAUGACAUGAAAUUUGGAGUCAGAAGUACUGGAUUCAAGUCCUCUCAUUUGCUUACUAUGGAAAUCUUUGUGAAAACAUUAAAAACUCUGAAAUCCUGCCACCUUGAUACACAUUCACACCAUUCUUGUUUCUAGGGGUAAUGGGUGAAGAUGGCACCAUUCAGUCAUUCAACAGGCAUUUUGGAGCUCCUGCUCUGUGCCAAACUCUGUACUAGAGAAACAAAGAUUGGCAGGGGUGGAAAAGAUCCUUAUAGAGACAGAAUGUUGAGCAGAGAUCAGAUUAGGCAGGAUUUAUUGGUGGGUUAGAAGGGACACAUGACAGAGACUGAGGUUUUAAGGAAUUCUAGGCCAGUCUUCUUGUUAAGGUGCUAUUGAGUCAGUUCUGACUCAUAGUGACACCCUAUAGGACAGAAUGGAACUGCCCCAUAGGGUUUCCAAGGAGCGGCUGCUGGAUUCGAGCUGCAGACCUUUUGAUUAGCAGCUGAGCUCUUAACUACUGCACCACCAGGGCUCCAGGUCAGUCUUAUAGAACUAGAAUUCGGUGGGGCUGUUCCCUGAAAUGACUGCUUUGUUAUCGGUUAGGGUUCUCUGGUAGCAGGCAGCCAACUGACAUAAUUAAGCAAUAAAAGGGAUUUGCAGAAAGAGAUUAUGCGGCUCACAGAACUGAAAGAAAAACCAGGCCACAGGAAGGUGGAGAACCAACCCAGGGAUGUCUGUAGCGGGAAUGCAGGGACUGCCCUUCCAGGCCCUCCCUUUGGAAGACAGCUUCAGCACCUUCAUUGUUUCCUGUCCAGAUCCCAAUUCCCUGAAGAGAGAGUCUGACUGGGCAUCUGGAAUCACUGCCAGGAGUGAUACCCAAAGAUACUAAACUAAAAACCAAACCCAUCACCGUGGAAUCAAUUCCUACUCAUGGUGACCCUGAAGGAUAGAGUAGUAUUGUCCCAUAGGGUUUCCAAGGCUGUAAGCUUUACAGACGCAGACUGCCACAUCUUUCUACCACAGAGAGGCUGGUCUAUUAGAACUGCCAGCCUUUCGGUUAGCAGCUGAGCUCUUAACCACUGUGCCACCAGGGCUUCUUCCCACGCGUAUUGCAAGGGUAGGGAAAAAGCUGGCAACCCAGGCCCUUGGCUCUCCAAGGCCCUCCAUGGUCUGUGUGGAAUGCCACUCCCAUAUUCAUCUGGCAAAAUCCAAUUCAAGCCUUUUCUCUGUUCGGCCUUCCCUAAACCUCACCUCCCCCAGGAAACCGAUCCUGUUAGAGGAGUGUGCCAGAGAGGACUUCUAGGGACUUAACAGUCUGAUGGGGAAGAAAAGCACAUACCGUAACUGCUACAACAGGCACAACUAAAGUGGAAAAAUUUACUAAAUUGUGAGACUGGCACUUCAUCACUUGCCUAUGACCCUUCUGGAGGCUCCAAGGAAGCAGGGGAAAAGGCCUGUGCGCUGGGCACAAAUAACAAUUUUGUUUAUCUAGGGUGGACAGUCUCAUCUGGGAAUGAAAUUGUUUACCCUGAUUUACAAAAUGGUAAAAUCGUGUAGAGAAAAGGCUAGGGCUUAGAAGAUUGCCAUCCUGGCAGCAACACAGAACGGGGCUGAAAGGCAAUAAAAUUGGGUGGAGAUGAGUAUCUUUUGUCCCCUGCCCUGAUGUCCCUGGAGGUCUGGUGACAAAAGGAUGGCUGCUCCAGUUUCAGAGAUACAGUAUUUAAUCCUUGGAGAGCACUGGUAGCUCCCCACCCCAUGAGGCUACAUUGAUUAUCUAGUUGUAGUCAUCUCUAUGUAGAAUUAAUUGCAAGAAACAUCAUCCAGUCACUGCAUUCCAGUAAUUUGAAGGACAGUAUUGACAGACUGGAUGGACAUCCAGAAAACACUAGAAAUAUGAUAACCCAGAGUAAAUAGGACACACCAAAGAGAGUUAAUACACUGCUUUCAAUAGUCCUCAUUUACGCUGAAUUGGGAGCUGAGCAGAAAAAUACGCAUAUUGAAUCCUAUUUUUCUGCAUACAUAUACUUUUAAAAUGAGGUGUAUGCCUACAGGAAAAAAAACCACACGUCAGCAGACCUUUUAAGGUUACCUUUUAAAGAGAAAAAAGAUCCUUAUGAGAGAUUAUUAACCUUGAGAUCACAAAAGUAACACAUCAACUCUGAGUUGGGCCUGAUGUCCUCUGAGUAUGUGGUUCUAACAAUCUUUAACGCAUAAUGGGAUACGUUAUGGGAGAGAAAGACCCAGAUAAACAAGAUCUCAACCUUUCCUGGAAUUCAUGGUUCGGUUAGCUACAGAGUAAAUAAAUCCAAGCAAUUACUCUUAGAAUUUAGCUCCUAGGAUUGGAAUUUAUUUUUCCCUUAGAUACUGCCUUAUCUGAGAACUAGCUAGGCUGACCUUUCUUGUAUUAACUUACAUACAUCUCACCUACAUGUCACUUUCUUUACAUUUCUUGGUUGGAUUGGCAGUUUCCCACGCAUGGGCUACUCCUCCCUGAGAUUGCUAUGCCUUUAAAAAAUAUAUAAUUAAAUAAAAUUAAUUUUGUCUACUUUUUCUUUGUUGUGUUUUUGUUUUUCCUCCUUCUGGUUCUUACCAAGUAACAUAUUUAGGACUGACUACUCCUCCUGCUUGGUUUGUUCAUGGCUUUGUUUUCAUGCCUCUCUCUAUGGCUCUGUCAUGCUGAGACUUCAGGCGUUUAUUCCCCAGGGGAGUAUGCACAGUCUGAUGAUACCUAACUAUCGAUACAAGAAUUGAUUCCCAGACCAGAGAAUGUGCUCACAGGAAUAAGAAGUAAGCUUAGAAGUCUAUCAUGGGAUGGAAGGCAGAAUAAGCACAAGAGCUCCAAACAUCACUGGGAAGUCAGGGUAACAAUAGCUAGCAUUUAUUGAGCACUUUGUGCUGAGUAAGGUUCUCGUGCUUUAGAUGUAUUAACUCACUCCAUCUCCACAGUAACCCUAUGAGACAGGUAUUGCACCAGAUAAGAGAACUAAAAUAGAAGUAACUUGUCCAAGGUCACACAGUAGAGUGGAUCCCAGAACCUGUGUUACUGCAUUAUUACAUUCUCUUAGUCACUGAGUUCCUCAGUGGGAAUAUCUCCUACCACAAAGACGUGAGUCAAGAGGUUGCUAAAGUAAGUUACUGAUUAAUAGUCCAACUGAGGUGCCUACCAUGUACUAGGGCCACAGCUAUGACAUCCCUUUACAAGGAUUACCACUUUCAGUCCUCAACAAGGUAAUAGAGAUGUAAUUUGCCCCAAGUCACACAGUUACUAACAAAGCCGCAGAGCUUAAAAAAAAAAAAUUUUUUUUUUUUUAGCUGGAACUGUUUAAAUCCAAAGUCCAAGAUGUUCUUAACCUCUCGGUUAUACACAGCCUCAGAAGAAUGUCGGAGAAGGAAGAUUUGGGUGAAGCAAAGCUCUCCCCACCUCACCUUCCAGCUUCACGGCCUGAGCUGUGCCUACUAAGUUAGCUUCUGUCCCAAACUUCUGGACACAGACCUGUUUACGUAAAUGAUAUGCAAACACAAGUACAUGUAACUUUCCAUAUUGGCUGAAAACUCAAAGCUCAAUCCCGGGGAAAUAGGACGGAUGUCAGCUAGCUAGCCCAGGGCUCAGAUGCCAUCCCCUCUGGAGCCUGCGGCGAGGGAGGCAGCAGCUCCGGAUGGAAAGUAAGCGACAAUCGAAGAAGGAAAGGCAGCCUUUCCUCCCGCGGGAGCAGAGGCGGCCCGGCGGGCAGAGGGAACCUGCAGAGGGCGGUUUCUCUCCUCUUUUCCUGUCCCACCCAGUCAGUCUGUCCCCCCACCCCCACCCCGGGCCGGCCUCUGUAGUUAACUCUGCGCGUCUCUCCGCGUCUUCCUCCAGCCGGGUCUCUCGGUCCGGCAGUCUGUCGGCUCUCCCGGCCUCCGCGAGUCUCUGCGGAUCCCGCCUCCGCCCCGCUCAAAAGCAGGCGCGGAGUGGCGCCGGCCCGUUCCCCCGCAGCCCGUCCAACUGGAAAGAUCUGCUCUUCUCUCAGGGUCCUCAUCCGCUGACUGCAAUGACUAGCCUCCCAACCACGUCUUCCCCAGGAGCUUUGCCCGGAGAAGAACUCAUGACCACCCCAAUCCUGCAGGCCCCUGAGGCCCUGUCCCCAGAAGCUGAAGCCAGCACAGCACUCAUUGCAGUUGUCAUCACUGUGGUCUUCCUCACACUGUUAUCGGUCGUGAUCUUCAUCUUCUUUUACCUAUACAAGAACAAAGGCAGCUACGUCACCUAUGAACCUGCAGAAGGCGAGCCCGGUGCCAUCCUCCAGAUGGAGAGUGACUCAGCCAAGGACAGGGAGAAGGAAGAAUAUUUCAUCUAAUGACUUCUGAGCUCCAAGGAGCUUAUCCCAGGCUCCAGCACCAACACAUGGACCAUUUAUUAGGUGGGAGUUUUAUCUGAAGCCAGUGAACAGCACUGAUGGAUAUGGGCAAAUCUGAGCUUCCCCCAGGGACAUGCCCAAAUAUCAACAUCAUUGACACCAGGGACAUGGAGAAAGCAAUGUAUGAUGUCUUUAGCCAGGCCUUUGUAAUACAGCUGGUAUUUAUGACUGGCUGACAAGGUGGGGCUCUACCAGGAAACAUUUAUAUGCCCAGUCUUUACUUUGUUCACAGGUUGAGGGGAGGGAGAAGAUAGUUAGCGUUGCUGGCUGCUCAUUUGUCCCCUACACGGUCACCUAGUAAUAGCCCCAGCCAAGAUACUGUGCACAGUUCUUCCCAGAGGCUGGAUACCCAGGUGAAAGACCAGGUCAGCUGGGGUAGGAGACCUUACCUCCUGUUGAACGUGCUACAAACUUUAAGUCUGAGCCUUUCCUUCCCAUAUUCCCCAACAACCUCAUAACUUGUACUAUUCUUAUCAGAAUUAAAAGCUUUCAUGAAGUGAUGCAUAAAUCAGACUCUCAUGUUUAUGAAAUAACUACCCUUACAUCUCAACUUACCUUCCUUAAACUCUUUGACAUCAUUUUCUUUUGCUUAUUUAACUCCUUUGAAGAUAUAUCCUCCAAUGCGGUAAGAAUACUAGCGAAGUUUCAGAAGUUCCCAGAACUAUCUCAGGGGUUUGGUACAAAGAUGGUCCCAGGAAACAUACCCUGGGGGAUGAGUUAGCUUAGCCUCCAUCCUGGCAAGACCUGGAUUUCCCAGACCCGUUCUAUGUAUAGACUGAGGGAGCCAGGAAAAAUCUACCACCUUUUCCCACCAGUGUCCUUGGAAUCAAGUCCAGAGAAGCUUCUUGGAUCUUAGUCUCAAAAUGAGGUGUGUUUAAAUAGCACAAUGUUUGGUACAAACCAUUAUCUCCUCAGAUAUCGCUUACUUUGGAAUUAAGCUAAAUUUCCUUUGAGGUCUUAAUUUAUUGCCUCCGUUGUCUAAGGAGUUGAGGAAUCAGUCUUGGCAGCCUAGAUUACAGAAGUAUUUCUAAGUAUAGGUUCUGAAUCCUCUGGCAUAAUAAGCUUCUAAGAAAAUCAAAGAGCUUUGGAAGUAAAGUGAAGAACAGUUGAACAUCCAGACUGAAACUCAUGAAAAUGGUCAAACCUUGCUUUCUACUACUGCAUUUAUUUCAAAGGCUUGAUUAGAGAACACAGAACAGCAGGAGUACCUAUCUUAAAUCCAGGCAGGAUAGAAACGACAAUACAAAAGAGAUCUAAAAGCAAGCUAAGUAAAGAAUCCUUGAAGUGAGGUGUAAUGCAACUUCAUCACUUUAUUCAAAUCUUCAAAAUAGUCUUUAUUCUACAUUUUUAGUAUAAAAAAAUCCACAAGUUAAGUGCACCACAGUGUAGAGAGAGACAUACAACGCUGAACUUCCAUAACAGUCAAUGGUACAGUCAAACAUCACAUGUACAGAACACAAAUUUAGAUGAACUGAAAUUAUAACAUAAAGUAAAAUCCAAUUUCAGAAAACAAAAAUCAAAAUAUUAAGGAUCCCUGAAAUAUUCUUCACCCUAAUGAGACUUCACUGGACUCAAGUCGUUCUGCAGUGAGGCAUUCACAAUGUGACCCCAUUAACCUGGCUGAGAAUUCUUGGGAGCCAUGAGUGGCUGCAUCAGACACUCUGACAAUAAAUUGUAACCGAUUUUUUAUCUGAAAACUCCCCUUAAUUUGGCUCUGAAGUCACCAGGCUUUUGAAAUGCAUCCUUCUCCUCACCCCUCAUAUUUUAAACAAACUGUUGUUUACAGUACAGUUUACACUGUUAAUCUUUUGUUCAAACAUGAGCUCACUGUUUUUCUGGCACCAAAACAAAUUCGGGUUAGGUUCUUCUAUGCAGAGGCAACCUAUAAAAAGAGUGUCCCCUGCCAAAAACAACAACAAAAAAAUUAUCUACAUGGCACCCUCCAUUUUUGCCUGAGGAGAUGCAAAAGCAGAAGUAAUGGGGUCUGUGCUUGGAGCACAGAGGGGGUUUCAGAGGAUCCUUGUGAACGACUAUUUAAAAGAUGACAAGUGGGGAGAAGUGCAAGGAGACAAGAAAAUUAGUCUGACUGGCUUUCUGUCCUGCACCACUGAUUCAAUG